CCCAAAAUGAAAACUUGGAAACAACCAAUGAGCUUUUUAAACAUUAGCCCAAUUCAAAAACAUAAGAACCAACGAGAAACCUCUAGCCGAAGUCGCAGAGGAAGAAGAUCUGCUUGCUUGUGCAAACAAAAAAAAAAAAACCUUAUCUUGCAAUGGCUUCUUCAACUUUCGUCUCUCUGCCAAAACCCUUCUUUGCUUUUCCGGUUAAAACCAGUUCCCCUCCCCUAGCUAACCAUAAGCUUCUCGGAAGUCGAAGAGGCUGUCUGAGUGUCAAAGCGAUUUCCACUAAAUGGGAACCGACAAAGGUUGUUCCUCAAGCAGACAGGGUUCUUGUUCGCCUUGAAGAGCUUGCACAGACAACCUCAGGUGGAGUGUUGUUGCCUAAAGCAGCUGUUAAGUUUGAGAGAUACUUAACCGGAGAGGUUGUCUCUGUUGGUUCUGAGGUUGGACAACAAGUUGGCCCUGGAAAGAAGGUUCUGUUCUCUGACGUGAGCGCUUAUGAGGUCGAUUUGGGGACGGGUGCUAGGCAUUGCUUUUGUAAAGAGAGCGACUUGUUGGCCCUCGUGGAGUGAAGAGAUCUUGUCAGAGAUAAUAUCCCUUCAAGAUUUUUACUUGUUUCCUGUAAUCUCAGAUACUAUAAUCUUGUUUUGUGACAGUUUUUUCAAUUUAAUAUCAUUUUGAAGACAA